AUGAAAAGACAAGAUAGAUUAAUAAUCAAAAUCUGGACACUUAUAUGCUCAAUUGCUGCUAUUUUAUUCACAUUACUUGCUAUUGUUUUAUUUAUUCAAAGCGUAUUAUUGAUGAAUCAUUCUCAAUUUCAAUGUUCUUUAGAGAGAGUUGAACCAACUACACAAUUUUUUGAUUCAAUUGUUAUUAUUGAACAAAACAAAGAAGUUAAAAACACAUUAGAUAGUUUAAAUAAAAAUGCAAUACAAAACAGAAAAUUUGAUUAUGAAUCUGCUGAAGCUCAAAUAGAUAGAAAAGAGAAUUAUGAAGAUGAUCGUGAAAUUUGUCCAACUAACUUUAUUGAUUUUCAAGUUAAAUGGCUUAUUGUUAUUGCAUGUUUUGUUGGAGCACAUGCCAUAUGUUGUUUUGUCUUAUCUCUAAGAUUUAGUUUAAGGUUAAUUGUUGGAAUUUAUCCUUCUUCUUCGAUAAGUAUUGAUGAAAAGAAUUAA